AGACAGGACAAACGGAGAAGAAGUACUCAAAGGCUUGGCUAUAAUGAUCUGCAGGGACAGAGCCAAAACAGCGGCGGGAAAUGGCGGGGGAUUUCGGGCGUGGCAUUUGCAUCGUCAUGGGCGCCUUUGAUUAGCGCAUGGUUGGUUGGGCGCUGAAACUCGACAGCACAUCUCUUGCCUUGUAAAGCAAAGGCGCACGAAUCACCGCAUCCUCAUCUCCACGUCGUCCGUAACUCAGAAGCCUGUCUCUUCUCCGCUUUCUUCCUGUACACUCUCCGUACACGUACCCUAGCCGACUGCAUCUCUUCCUACUCCGCCAUCGUACACGAAUCUCGACCACAGCACCGGGUGCUACCCCAAGAUCCCAAGAUACGUCUUUUGUGAAUAUUCAGGUACCAGAAAAUGGAUUCGCUCCUCGUCGACCCGCCCGUCAACAAACAAGCACCGCCAAGGUCGCCUCCUAUGGCCUUUCAAACCACUUCAAACGACUCGCUCUGGGCUCCCAUGAACCCAAUGGCUCUCCAAUCCCUCUCACAGGCCUCGUCGCCCUACUUUCUGGAUGCGACUCUCUCUCCAAACGAGAACGACAUGCAGGCCCAGUUGGACAAGCUGAAUGAAGCAUUACGUCUGCAACAUCAAGCCUUUGUCGCCGAGCGUGAGAGUUGGCAGAUGGAGCGAGAUAGGAUGCACCGUCGCGUUACCGCCCUCGAGUCGCUGCUCAAGUCUCCCAAUGGCCAAAGUCCAGCACAUAGCCCUGCCUUCUCUCCACAAAACGGAGUCAAGCCCGGUCCAUCACAACUUCCUAGCAUAGCCGAAGUCGACACCUCCCGCCUAUCACCAGAGUCGUCUCGCAUCAAGAGGAAUGCCGCCCCAGUACACAUCGAUAUACCCGCCUUGACAGAUGCUUCUGUCUUUGACAGUACCGCUUCCUUGACCGAAGUCUUACACGGAGAUCUACCCGCCUCCCCACCGGUCACUCGUAAUAUCCUAAGUCCUCCACCACCGGCCAAUCUCAGACAUGCCGGACAUACUCCGCUCAAGGCUCCUCACCCGGGUGAUUUCAGCCCAGCCAUCAGUAUUCGCUCUGACAAAUUGACCGACACACCAACCCGCAGCAACACGCUCAUGAACGAAGUCAUGUCGCAGGAUGACGGUGCAGACGAGGAUCGCCCCUUGAAAGGCCCCUUACACAUGCCUUCCCUCCCAUGCAAUCCAGGGGCCGAGAACUUCACCAUGGACAUGCUGGAUGCCAAAUUGAAAGACAUUUCAGAACACCCAGAAGAAAACCAACCACUAGUCUGUCGAAGUCCCAACUUACCUUCAGAGGUAGUCGCCGAAAGCUCGCCUGUCUCCAACGACAAAGUUGAUUCGGCCAGCAGCGAAGGCAAGGACAGCAAAGGCAAAGACAAGGACGACUCGGACAACGGAGGGAUCAGACUCCGGACCAGAAUGAGUUCCAAUUUCGGCGCACCCCUUGGCUCAAUGGGGUCAUGGAGACGUUAGGACGUCUCUGCUCAGACAUGGCUGGUUCCAUGCUGACUUGAGAGUCUUCCCUGCCAUGAUCAAACACGAUCACAAACGAAUAUUAUACUAGAUGGCUUGCGCUUUUGCAUAGAUGAGAGAGCACAAAAAGAGAUGGCGUUGUUUUUUAUUCUUUCUGGCUCUUCACUUUUUCGUUGCGGAUGGAUUUACUUGAUACCCCCUCAUCACAUGCACACAUGCAACACGCGCACAUGCUAAAAACUCGAUUCAGAAAAAAGGCAGGAUUAGAUAGAAAGGAUUGUCUCGGUCCUCUGUAAAGGAACGCAAGAAACCUUUCUUCGGGUCUCACAGCCCUGACUCCCCUUAUCUCUCUACAUCCCUUGCUUUUAGGGCUUUUCUGGCUUUGCCUCAAGCUUUUUCUUGCUCUCUCUUAUCCUUCUUUCACGCGGCAACGG